CACAGAUUCAAUGAGAUGAGGUUGAUGCUUGCGGACUCACUCGGUAUCUUUACUUGUGUAUCGUCUGCUUGCAUGUUACAGAGCCCACUGAGGCCACUGAGGAAGGCAUCUGCCAGCCCCUGAUCCUGCUCGAGCUCUGGUCUAUCGCUCACUCAUUUACCUGGAACACUGCGCAGAUGUCCUUCUUUGAAUACUGACCCUCGACUACUCCUGAUCCUUGUAUCUUUCUUUUCCUUUCUUUCUUUUUUUUGGAGCUCUAUAAUAUUUUGACUAUCUCAAGAUGUCUUUCGAAUUGAAGGAGAAAGGCAACCAGCUCUUCAAGGAAGGCGAUUAUAGCGGUGCGGAGGAACUAUAUUCUCAAGCAAUCCAAAAGAACCCGCGUGAACCGAGUUUCUUUACAAACCGAGCCGUCACCCGUCUUCGACUGGAAAAAUGGGCCGGGGCUGAGCACGACGCGCGCGCAGCGAUUGAUUUGUACGGGCCCAAGACCGCGGCGAGUCUUAAGAGCUCGUACUAUCUCGCGCAGAGCCUGCUCGGGCUCCAGCAGCCCCAGGAAGCCUACGAUGUUGCCAUCGACGCAUACCGCUCCAGUCUUGCGGCCAAGAACGCCCAGACGGAGAAUCUGUCUCGGACGGUGUUGCGCUCCAAGCAGCAGAUCUGGGCAGCAAAGGAGACUGCCAGGCUCCGGGAGAUGAAUGAGACCCUUGCCAGUGUGGAGCAGUUGAUCGAGGCAGAUCUCGCGCGCGGCCUGGACGACCUGCAGCAGAGACUCGACCGCGGCGAGAUCGGCCAGAUUGGAUUCGCCGAGGACGAGAAGGCACUUCGCGACGAUGCGCAAAAGAACACGGAGAACUUGCGUGAGGCAUUUCGCGUGGCCUCCAAAGGCGAAAUCCAAGAACGGAUCGUGCCUGAUUAUCUCAUUGAUGGAAUCACUUUUGAAAUCAUGCAUGACCCUGUCAUUACCCCGUCUGGCAGCAGCUUCGAUCGCAUCGGCAUCAUGAAGUAUGUUGAACAAGCCGGGGUAGAUCCUAUCACUCGAACGACGAUGACUGUCAACGACCUGCGUUCAAACUAUGCGCUCAAAGCUGCCUGUGAAGAGUUCCUCACCAAGAACGGAUGGGCUGUGGAUUGGUAGUUUGUCUAUUAUUUUUUUUUUCUUUCCUGGCCUGUUCAUAUACCCGUUCUGCAUGCAUGCCCGGCGUCGGUUGGAUUGUAGAUUACCAUCAUGCAGCAUUCU